AUCAUCUCCGGCUGAGGUAGGCCCUUUGCCUCAGCGCUUGACAAAUUGGGCUCAUGUGAACAGUCCUUGUCAUUGCCUGUCACCGCAGAUUUGGACUGUGGUUAUCUACGAACUGUCUGAGCCAGAAUCUGCCCGUCUGCCACCGUGCUACCAGCAUCGAAACAGAAAGAAGGAUUGAAAUGUCGAACACAACUGCUGGAAAUGGCACUUCCCUUCUGAAUCACAUAUCCCGAGGUUAUAUUCACUGAAGACGGUCUGGAAAAUUGUGACACCUUGACUUUCGCUCCUCUUGUUGCCUCUGACCUUGUUCAAUCCUAAUCACCAUGGCAUCUUUCGCCCAGGCACCAGAGCUUCAGAGCGUGGUGGCCCUGAUAAAAACAUUAACAAAUGUACAGCUCAAAGACAUUCUCAGGAAUGAGGGACUCGCUGUCUCCGGGGUUAAGGCCUCGCUGCAGCUUCGGAUCAUUGACUUUAUUGAAAGGCUUUAUCAGGGAGGCCAGAAUGAUCGCUACGAUGGUUUGAGGAGAUUCAUAUAUGCAACAGCACAUCGGCCAUUACCAGGAGCUCCCCCAGCACAGCAACUACCUAACUCACAAUACCAAUCGCCCUCAGCUACGCCUUUGUCUACGUCGCAUCGGCCAUCCCCCCUCGGCUUUCCGAUGUCAACCAAUAGAUUAAGUCCUGAGCGAUUGAGUUUCAAGGAAAGCCCUUUCUACACGAUAAUAGAGCAGCUUACUCCCACGGUCGAGUGCAAAGUUCGCGAACAGACCAGGGAUUAUGUGGAACUCAAAGUUGUUCUUACACCACCUGUCAUCACCCAACUGCAAUCCGAUCCUAAUAUACGGAUAAUGAUCUAUUGUGCCGCGGACACCGGUCUCAAUCAGCCCACAAAAUCAGACAUUGCCUUUCCCCAUCAGGUUGAGCUCAAGGCCAAUCUUGAUGAAGUGAAGGCGAAUCUGCGAGGAUUGAAAAAUAAACCAGGUACAACGCAGCCUGCAGAUGUGACAAAUUAUAUCCGCAAGAAGCCAGGCUAUUCCAACAAUGUCGUUAUGACCUAUGCCUUGACACAAAAAAAGUUCUUUAUUCGGGCCAAUCUUGUACAACGCCAUCCGGUGGAAGAGCUUGUGGCUGAAUUGAAAUCGAGGAAGACCAUCUCUAGGGACCAAGUUCUGCGGGAGAUGAAAAGCAGGGCGGAUGAUACGGACAUUGUUGCCACAUCCAGCGUUAUGUCAUUAAAAUGCCCUCUGUCCACUCUUCGAAUCGAGGUGCCCUGUCGCUCUGUGAAAUGUACGCAUAAUCAGUGCUUUGAUGCAUCGUCUUUCUUGCAAUUACAAGAACAAGCACCAACCUGGUCAUGUCCUGUUUGCUCCAAAGCGACGAGUUUUGAAUCUCUACAAAUUGAUCAGUAUGUCGAUGAUAUUCUCCACUCAACCUCGGGAGACGUCGAACAAAUUGUCAUAGAGCCAGAUGGCACAUGGUCAAGUCCUAAAGGCGACGAAAACGGGGCACCAGGUGGCGCUACCCCCGCAACAGACGACGACUACAACGAGGAAGAAGAGGACGAUGACUUGAUAGAAAUCAAGGAACCCGGAAUUCCAACUGUCAAACGGGAAUCUCUUCCCAGUCGCAAUCUAACCCUACAGCGGACCCCAGUUCAGUCGCGCGAACCUUCGACAGCAUCAUCCAUAGCUCGCCCGUCUACGAAUAAGCGCCCUGCAGCCCAGGUUAUUGAUCUUACCGGUAGUGAUGAUGAUGACUCGCCCGUGAGGCCAGCUAAACGUCCAGCAUUGGAUGUGUUCAGCCGCUCUCUGCCGCGACAAGGCUUCCGCAGCUCGUACAGCGGGGGGACUGUCAAUGGGAAGGUCAGCCCAUAUGGGAGCCAACAUAGUCCCGAAUCAUCCGGUAGAAUCGGUGGGUAUGAUGCAUGAUAACUGGUCACUUAAAUCACUUGCAUGGAGUUGCGGCGCUUUGUCCCCUUCCCUCCACCUCCUUCUCCCGAUUUUUUUUAUAUCUAAUUUGGGGGGUGUUGCGGCAGGGAAGGGGCCUGCUUGAAUUUGGUCCAGGUUAAAAGCAUGGGACACGAGAGUCCUCCAGGAGUUGCGGAUGAAAGCGAAUUCAGUGAAUUCAUUUAUCUAAUUU